AUAAAUCUAUGUUAAAUAGACGCUUCAAAAUAUCAACAACAACAAUUUUUUUUCAGUUCAGGGAAGAUUUUUAAGAAAAUGAAUAAUAAUGAAGAUGACAUAUUUCACGACAUUAUCAUGUCUGAAGAGAGGUUCCGCCAAGAGGGUUACAAUGCUGGGCUGAGUGUAGGGAGACAGACAGGUUAUCAAGAGGGAUGCAAACUUGGCUGGGAGAAAGGUGCUGCUGUUGGCUCAGAGAUUGGAUUUUAUUCUGGAUUUUGUGGAAUUCUGCUUGAGAAAUUUAAAGAUGAUGACAAGAAACAAAGAGUUUGUAAGGUCUUACAGGGUGUGUUAAGGCUCCUUGAGGAACUUCCUUUAAUUGAUCCCACCAAUCAGGAACUGUUUGACAAACUGGAGAAAAUCAGGGCCAAAAUAAAACAGGUGAACUCAUUAUUACCGAUCAACAUAGAAUUUCAAAGAGGCAGACAAGACGUGAAAGGAAUUUCAUUCUGAAAAUGAAAGUCCUUGAUGAUCUAUUUCACCGUCUUCUUCCUCAACAUGGAAGGAUGAAUCUUUGAAAUCUUCAUUAUAGGGGACUUCCACAGACAGGAGUAAGCUUUCUAUCCAGUGACAGUGCAAUGACCCCGUAAGUGAAAGACUCUAGGAUUUAUUGAGAUCUCUACAAGUGCAGAAAGAUAUAUCUUUAUGCAGCAUUUGACUUCAGAAAUGACAGGCAUCCACAAGCGUAAAGUGAAAGGAAUAGUUCAGAACUCAUUUAUCAGUUGUCAAACAUGUUGUAUAAUAUUUUAAAAUGCAGAAAUAAUGAAUUAAAAG